AUGGAAGAUGGCGCGAGUGAGAUGGUGAUGGGGGGUGUGGUGUGGUGUGGGCUGUGGUGGUGUCUUGGUGGUGGUGGUGUUGGUGUGUGGUGGGGGGUGUGGGUGGGGUAUGGCGAGGUGGGUGAGGUGGAUUAUUUGAAUGAUCGUAGAGGUGUUGGUGUUAGAAGUCGUUCGACUGUCGACAGCGGGUGUUUGUCUGAGCUGGCUGUUGCCUUGAUGGGGGUGGUGGAGACGGAGCGGACGUGGCGGCUGGCGACAGAGACUCGGAGUUGUGUGCUGACGGCUCGCGCUUACCGACAAGGGUCUUGGUCUAAGCGAGUUCUGCCGGCGCGACGCUCACCUACCCGCUGGGGGCGCGUGGCCUACGCGCUCGGACUUUCGGCGCAGCGCCUCCAUCUUCGCCGUGUGCUGCUGCGCGCGCCAGCGCGCGGGCCAGAGCGGCGCCGCGUGGACCAGAAUGGCGGCCUUGGCAGAUGGCGGGCUCCGGCGGCGCACCAGAGCGAACGGAAGUCAAGGGUGCGCGAACGAAGGGGAUGGGGGAACAGGCGGGAGAGGCCAUCGGUGGCGGACAACAUCGGAGGCGUCUGCGAGAGCUGCAUUCACGGCGACUGGACAGAGGAUGAAAUUGACUUAGAGGGACUGAAGGUCGAGAGGACGCCUGCUAAACGUCUUUCUCACGCGUGUAUCCUCCCGGCGCAUCUUGUGGCUUCGUGCGCGCGGUUGCCGGCGAGGAUUGAUGCGGCCAUUUCGCCGUCGCGUAGGCGUCGAAUCCAACGAUGCUUCAAUGAACCCAAGGCUUUCUAUGGAGACAGUGAUCACCAGCCUGGAGAGGAGCCUCAAAGACUGAAUGACAGCCAAGAUAGCAGCUGAAUCGCC